AUGGGCUUUGAAUCAAUAAACAAGCCGGAUAAGAAUCAGAAAAAAGGGAUUCUCGAGCGGGUUGGGCAGAUGUUCGGUGCGAAGAGCAAGCCUUCAACGGGAGAAUCGAAGCUCGAACAAAAGAAAUCGGAAAAAAGGAGCCAAAAACCCUCCGAGAUUUCAAACUUCAAAGAUGAACUCGCCACAACCUCGGGAAACAAUGGAGAAAGUAGUUCAGAGAUGGAUAAUAGGGCUGAGAAACGCAACUCUGUGCCAAUUGAUGAACAAGUGGCCGAAGUUCUGAGGGAACGAAAUCUACCGGAAAAGGUCAUCCCUGUGCAAAUCAGCAAAAUGACGGAGAAAAUGAAACAAGACCUUUUGGAGGCCAACUCGCGGCAAAUAAGGGAAACAAAAGUGAAUUGCCGGCCAAAGAUGUUUAUAAACGAAUUGACGCAACUGCGGCAUGGUCCCGUUGAGAAUGGUAAAGAGAACUUGGCGACUCUUCGUUAUGCUUUACAAUAUCAAACUGUUCAAUGGGUUUCCGAGUUUGCGACCGAAACGGGUGAAAAUGAAACUGGCUUGGAACUUGUUGGAUUAACAAUGGUACGAGUCACGGAAAGCAUAUCCAAAAUUUGUACUAUUAAAGAGAAUGCUCCAAGUCAACUGUCAGUUUUGUUAACUAUGCUCAAAGACUGUGUUCAAGCCCUUCAUGGUAUCGCCAACAAUUUUCCGGGCUUGAGUCUCAUUAUGAGGCGAGAUGAUCAUUCGUUGGGCCAUUUGCUCUUAACUUUGUUGACGCUGAAUGAGUGCAGAUAUGAAGAGCACAGGCUGUUACAGAAGUCGGCUCCUGAAAUAAUUGCAAUCCGGGCUGAGAUUUUGAAAAUGGUGCGAGUAAUUGCGGGCGUGUGUGAGCGCUUUUUGCAAGGAACAGGAACGGUACUAGAGAUGAAUGGCGUUGACAAGCUGCUUGCCGAGUUAACUACUAUUGCUUCUCAACGAAACUGCCAACGAUGGUCGCCAAUACUUUCUACUUUGAGAUGCCUAUCAAACGAUCCAACUUUAGAAGAAAAACAAUGCCUGCGUCGAGUUUUGCAAAUAAUUAAUUGUGUCGUCAAUCCAAUCAGUUCGCUUGCUGCAGAUGACAUAUCAGAAGACGGCCAAAGCGUCGAAGAAGAUAUCAAUUGGCAAUGGAGAAUGAAAAUUCGUAGCGAGAUUUAUCAUCAGGGUCUCAAGGAAUAUACAGCGAAAGUCAUCGCAUUAUGUAGCAAAUGCGAUCACAGUUUGGAAAGAUCUACGGAUCCACCCAUUCAAGAUUUAUGGAAUUUGUAUAUUCAAUACAGAGAUGAGGAUUUCCAAGAACUUUGCUCCAAAUUGGGAACAAUAAAAGUCGACAAUGAAAGAUUUAACACAAUAGAGGGUUGUGCAUUGGCCCUAAAAGAAGUAGGGCAUAGCAUUGGGAGCAAGCGAGAACAAAAAAAUCGUGGUGCCGAUCAAACGAUGAUUUUGUCAAUCUUACAAUUACUUCUGCUUAUCCCGGAUCGAGAACAGGCAAUAAGGUUUGCUUAUUUGCGAUUGAUUGAGUCAUGUGUCACGGAAAUUGUCAUGUACCGUGGCGGAGUUUAUCCAAAUUUUGAGAACAAAUUCGUUUUUGAGACGCCGAUAUCGGAAAUGAUUGAAAACUUGACCGAUUCGGAUGUGACUCGUCAUUUGAACAAUGCAAUCGAAGAUAAACAAGUAGCCAUCGCAAGACAACAACAAUAUUGGGCCAAAUUACAAGAAUUUCAAGCUGAGAUUGAAGUUUUGCGGAAACACAUCACGGAUUCGAAAACUCCCUUACCACCAAAAACUCUUUGCAACCUCCCUGCUCCAGACGCAAUCGACGCGACACCAAAGCUUUCUAUACGGGAAAACAGAAAUUUGUCAAAUAUUGCUGAAGAAUCAUCUUUGGUCUCUACAGAUGAUUGCUCUUUAGUUGGUAAAGCAGCACCAAAAAUUGCUCCUGUGACAGGCGGACCUCCUGGGCCACCACCUCCACCACCACCACCACCGCCACCACCACCACCAGGUGUUGCAGCUGUUGUUCGUGGGCCACCAGUUCCACCGCCACCGCCGCCUCUAGGAGCACCGCGAGCACCACCUCCACCUCCUUUACCCGGUGCUGGAGGAGGACCUCCACCACCUCCACCUCCUUUACCCGGUGCUGGAAAAGGACCUCCGCCACCACCGCCUCCAACUGGAUUUGCAAAUCCGUUUUCCGGCCCGACUCUACCUUCGUUUUUGAAAAAGAAGCGUGAAGUCAAAGUCGGAGUGCCGUUAAGAAAAUUGCCUUGGACGUCGAAUGUGAUUCAACCAAAUAAACUGGCUGAAGACUGUUUUUGGGCCAAAACGCAAGAAGAGAAACUCGUAAAUGACUCUUUAUUGAAAGGACUGGAGUUGAAUUUCCCAUCAACUCGACCGGGCGCAAAUGCUCCAGCAUUGAUCGCUGCCAAUCGUGGGUCUCGAGCCGCAAAGCAACCGCAAAUUAUCGACGAUGCUAAGAAUCUCCAAGCUUUGGCUAUUUUAUAUGGCUCCUCUAAAGUGACGCGUGAGGAAUGGGAGCGAAGCAUUUUCGAGAUCGAUGAUUCAAAAAUAUCAGCAACUUUGCUCGAACAGUUGAGGAAUAAUCUUCCACCGCCAGAAAAGAUCAAAGAACUAGCCGAAGCAAAACAAAACGUGUUUGACUUGAUGCCCGAAGGAGAACAAUUUGCAGCCACUUUUGCGAAGAUUCCUAAUCUCCCUACACGACUAGAUCUGAUGAUAUUUCGGCUACGUCUAGAGGAGAUAGUCAAUGAAAUCAAACCGGACAUCACAAAUGUUAUUGAAGCUUGUCGCGAGAUUCGAACCACUCGCCCAUUUCAACAAUUUCUUGAACUCGUUCUCUUGGCUGGAAACAUCAUGGCGGCAAGUGGUCCUGCACAUAAAGAUACCUUUGCUUUUGAAAUGGCCGUUCUUCCGAAAUUAAUUGAUACGAAAGAUGUAGACAACAAGCAAACUUUUCUUCAUUUUCUUAUCGAUCAGAUGAUUAAAACUUCUGGUGAAAAGGCGGCUCGGUUUCCGAUUGAUGGCUUUUAUCAUGUUGUUCUGGCUUCUCGAAUAAACCCCGAUGAAACCUCGAAAGGUGUCCAACAAUUCAAGUCUUCAGUUACAAAGUUAAAUAACUUUAUCACGAACUAUCGACCAUUCCAAAAAAAUGAUCGCUUUAUCGAGGUAAUGGUUCCUUUUUUGAAACAAGCGCAAUCGGAGCUGGAUCGAGUUGAAACGUUAUAUUGCAAAAUGCAAGCUGAUUGGACAGCAGUUACUCAUUACUAUGCUUUCGAUCCAAAGAAAUACAAAAUGGAACAAUUGUUUGAUGAUAUUAAGCGUUUCAAAGGAAAUUAUGAACAAUGUCUACGCGAAAUCGAGGAAUUACGGAUAAAAGAAGAGAAGGAGAGACUUAGAAAAGAAAAAGAAAGUCACAAAUUACGAAACCCACAGAAAACUAUAAUAGCACCUUCAUUGAAGACAGCUCAGGAUACGGCCGGUGUUCUAGACGAAUUGGGCAAACUUUUGGAUAGCGGGAUGUUAACGAAACGGACGCCCCGACCUACUAAAGGGACUACAAACGAGGGUCGCGCUAGAGCAGCAAGGAUGAUCCACCGCCAACGGUCAAGAAUUAGCGAUCUUCAGAUGCCGUAUGCUGGAUUAGAUGAUCUUCGAGUUCCAAAAGAAAGGACAAAGCCAUCGCCUAUAGGGUUACGUGGAACUAAGUCGCCAGGCCAUUUUAUGCAUUCUCCAUUGUCAGCAAAUGCUACCGGGCCAGAUAAAUCGCUUUCUCCUCAAAGUAACUCCCCAAAUGGAAGAAGUGCAACCGGCAGAGAUGCUUCACGCCCUACGCUGUUUACCUUCCCACCACAUCAUCGUUAU